AUGGUACCAAAGAUUGCAGUAGUAGGCUCGGUCAACGGCCAGGUUUCUGCGGUUUUUGGCAAAUUAUCCGCAUUGCACGCUAAAAAUGCUUUUGCCUUUGCUAUCAUCACUGGAGACUUGUUCGCGGAUCCAGUGAAUUCCAGUGCAGAAGAGGCCAGCCAACUCAAGGACUUGCUCGAUGGGAAGAUUGAAAUCGCAUUACCAGUAUACUUUGCUCUUGGCAAACGUGAGCUACCUCUCGAAGUCCAGGACAGACUGAGCGCCAAUGCCGGCGAGCUAUGUUCGAAUCUCUACUUCCUCGGUCGGAGGACCACCGUUAAGACAUCAGAGGGCGUCAAGAUUGUCGCUCUGGGCGGCGCUCAUAUGGAUGCUGUUUCGGAUAAAGCCUUGAUCACAGAAUUCAGCCCUAGUCACACACCAGAGGAUAUCAAGGUGCUGAGAGGCGCCAACACUGCAGACAUUUUGGUUACGAGUGAGUGGCCUGCUGAGAUUCGUACUGGCUCCAAUUCAUCCUACACCGGACAAGAAGCCGUCUCGCAACAAGGUGUCGCAGACCUCUGCACUGUGCUAAAGCCUCGUUACCACUUCUCCUUCUCCGACGGCUUCCUCGAACGUGAGCCUUUCUUCCAUACCCAGGGUGAAGAUGACAGUGGCUAUCAGGUGACUCGCUUCAUCAGCCUGGCUCCCUAUGGAAACGCCGCCAAGCAGAAGUGGAUCUAUGCAUUCACCCUGGAUACUUCAGUGGCGCCUACUGCCACUGUGCCCUCUGGAGUCACAGCAUCUCCAUUGUCGUUCGCAAAGAAGCGCAAGGCUGUGGAAUCUCAAGCGCAAUCGUUCUCGAGAUUCUCUGGUGGCGACGGUGAUGGUGGUAGGCGCAAAGGUCGCAACAAGCGCGCUCGACCAAACCCAAACCCAUCGGAAUGCUUCUUCUGCCUCUCAAAUCCCAACAUUGCAUCACAUCUCAUCUCUUCGAUUGGUGACAGCGCGUAUCUGACAACAGCCAAAGGACCACUUCCGACACCCAAGACUUUCCCAGCAUUAGGCUUCCCGGGUCACAUGCUGAUCAUUCCGCUCGAGCACUCGCCUACUUUGGCUACCAUACAGGAUCAAGAUUCCAAGAAAGCCACCAUUGCAGAGAUGCAUCGCUAUCGACUCGCGUUGCAGAGUAUGCUGUCCAAGAGGUCCGAAGAUGCUGCCGAAGCAGACAAGCUUGGAGCGGUUACAUGGGAGAUUAGCCGUAUGGGUGGUAUCCACAUUCACUGGCAAUUUAUGCCAGUACCUCUAGAGAUCAUUCACAGAGGACUGGUCGAGGCAGGCUUCAAGGUGGAAGCCGAGAACCAAAGCUAUCCGGCUUUCGAGUCGUCGAGUGUCUCAACUGAUGUAGCGGCUGAGGGCGACUGUUUCAAAGCCACUAUCUGGGACGGAGCAGAAGAGAAGACCAUGGUUCUUCCUCUCGACUCAUCAUUCAGAUUCGAUUUGCAGUUCGGACGAAGAGUUCUGGCCAAGUUGCUCGGUCUGGAAGGGCGAUCGCAUUGGCAGGACUGUGACCAAAGCGAAGCGGAAGAGAACGUCGAUGUUGAGGCCUUCAAGGCUGCGUUUGCUCCGUUCGACUUCUCGCUUGAAGCAUAA